GUCUACAGGUAACCCCAAAGUAGGCAGAAGCCAUGGCGAAUUUUGAAGAUGUCCUGAUCAAAGUGGCUAGAGAAGUCUUCCAAAACUCGGAAAUCGGCAGCUUGGGAAGAGAGCUUGGAUUUACUCCUACCGAUGUUCAACGUUACAUAGCAACUAAUCACAAAACACAUAACAUUACUUGGGAUGGAACUCUUCAAAUGCUCCGGGAUUGGCGUAAAGGUCAAGAAAUUGCGACAGAGAGAGAAGGUCUGAAGACUGCUCUGAAGAAAGCUGGUCAAAUUCGACUGGCUGAUGAACUCUUUCCUUCAAGUUAUUCUGUAUCUCAGACUGAAAUGCAAGACAGAGAUGUCAAAGCGAAGCGACACAACGUCGAAAUUCCUCCUCCGAGUAUCAAAGAAGACGACCAGGAAAAACGUGAUCCAAACGACAUAAGGAAGCAACUCGAUGAGAAACGGGCCAUGUUAGAGGGAAUUAAACAAAGAAGCAAGAUAGUUGAAUGGAAACUAACGGACCUUUCAAAACCAUCAAGUAAGCAUCUUCAUACAAGUAACAUGAUUAAGGGUGAUAUACAAGAGACAUUGGCAGAUAUUAACGGUAAUUGUAAUGAUAUAGAACGGAAAAAAAAAAGAAAUUGA